AUAAGAGCAGCCCCUGUUCAAGCUUUGACACACAAACGCAGCUGGAUUCAUUCAUUCGGCCGAGGAAGUAACCAAGACAGGAAAAAAAUGCAACUGACGGUGCAAGUGGCGGUCGCCCUCGUGGCUGCAGUGAUGGUGGUCUGUCCUGUCAGCGCACAGCUGGUGGACUGCCCGGCCGUGGAGGGCAAAGACGACAACGCGACGUUGUUCUACAACCCGUACAACUGCUCCACCUACUACGUGUGCGACCACGGUACCCCGGUGCUGAUGCCCUGCCCGCUGGGCACCAAGUUCAACGACGAGUCGAAGAUCUGCGACCAUCCGGACGACGCCAACUGCUUCGAGCUCCAGCCGCCCACCGAGGCGCCCGCGACGGAAGCAGCGCCAGAGGACCCGCCGCUCACCGAGAAUCAUCAUUACCAAGACGACGGAGGAGAUCUAGGCCCGUUGAACCCGUGCCGGAAGCUGAACCCGUCGCGUGAAGCGAAGCUUCGCCCAGUUGCCAAAGUUCGUUUCAACGACGAACUCUCACCGCCCUUCAGUCGUUGCUCCGUCGUCACGCGAGUCAUUUACGCGCCCACGAUAUAAAUUAUAUCCCCGUCGGAUUGCCAGUUAGAAAGAUCUCACUGUUGCUGUUAUAAUAUAAAUAAAGUUGUUUGAGAAGCACC